AUGGCAGGAAACAGCCUCGUUCUGCCCAUCGUCCUGUGGGGCCGUAAAGCCCCCACACACUGCAUAUCCACCCUGCUGCUCAUGGAGGACGCGUCCAUGAUUGUCACCGGCUGCCACGAUGGACAAAUAUGUCUCUGGGACCUCUCUGUGGAUUUAGAGAUUAAUCCCAGAGCUCUGUUGUUUGGUCAUACAGCCUCAAUUACUUGUUUAUCAAAGGCCUCUGCUUCCAGUGAAAAGCAGUAUAUAGUGAGCGCAUCAGAAAGCGGGGAGAUGUGUCUGUGGGAUGUGAAUGAUGGGAGAUGCAUAGAGUUUACUAAACUUGCCUGUACACAUACUGGCAUACAGUUCUAUCAGUUUACAGUUGGGACUCAGCGUGAAGGGAGGCUGUUAUGCUAUGGACAUUAUCCAGAAAUUCUCGUUGUGGAUGCUACCAGCCUUGAAGUCCUUUAUUCUUUAUUGUCAAAGAUAUCUCCUGACUGGAUCAGCUCCAUGACUAUCAUUCGAUCCAAUAGAACACAAGAGGACACUGUUGUAGCAGUUUCGGUGACUGGCAUCCUGAAGGUGUGGAUAAUAACCUCUGAAGUCAAUCGGAUGCAGGAUACAACACCAGUAUUUGAAGAGGAGUCAAAACCUAUUUAUUGUCAAAACUGUCAAAGCGUUUCUUUCUGCGCGUUUACGCAGCAGUCGUUGCUGGUGGUGUGCUCCAAGUACUGGAGGGUUUUUGAUGCUGGAGAUUAUUCCCUCUUAUGUUCGGUCCCUAGUGAAAACGAUCAGACCUGGACUGGUGGUGACUUUGUGUCAGCUGAUAAAGUGAUUGUGUGGACGGAAGAUGGACAAAGUUUCAUAUACAGAUUACCAGCCAGCUGUCUACCGGCUAGUGAUUCAUUUCGCAGAGACGUGGGGAAAGCAGUAGAAAAUUUAAUGCCGCCUUUAUUGUACAGUGUGUUGGACAGAGCAGAUAAACAGCUACUAAUAUGUCCUCCAGUUACUCGAUUCUUCUGUGGACAGAGGGAGUUUUCCUAUAAGCUGCUAGUUCAGGGAGACUCUUCGGGGAGACUGUGUAUUUGGAGUGUGCCUGAUACUCUUGAACCACGAGGCAGUGCAAAAGGACUGCAAACAACAACAUCCAUAUCCCUCCAGGAAGCUUUUGAUAAACUUACCCCUCGCCCUGCGGGGAUCAUAGACCAGCUGAGCUUAAUACCAAACAUCAACGAACCACUUAAAGUUACGGCCAGUGUGUAUAUCCCGGCACACGGGCGGUUGGUGUGUGGCCGCGAAGAUGGCAGCAUCGUCAUCGUGCCGGCCACCCAGACUGCCAUAGUCCAGCUGCUGCAAGGCGAGCACAUGCUCAGGAGAGGUUGGCCACCUCACCGGACUCUCAGAGGCCAUCGAAACAAAAUUACAUGUUUACUGUAUCCUCAUCAGGUUUCUUCUCGUUAUGAUCAAAGGUAUUUGAUCUCAGGUGGUGUGGAUUUCUCAGUCAUCAUAUGGGAUAUAUUUUCUGGAGAGAUGAAACAUAUCUUCUGUGUACAUGGUGGAGAAAUUACACAGCUUCUAGUUCCACCAGAAAACUGUAGUGCGAGAGUCCAGCACUGCAUUUGCUCUGUUGCCAGUGAUCACUCAGUAGGUCUUCUGAGUCUGCGGGAGAAAAAAUGCAUCAUGCUGGCGUCCCGUCACCUUUUCCCUAUCCAAGUGAUAAAGUGGAGGCCUUCCGAUGACUAUCUGGUGGUGGGGUGUUCGGACGGGUCUGUGUACGUCUGGCAGAUGGAUACUGGUGCGCUGGACAGGUGUGUGAUGGGCAUAACAGCAGUGGAAAUCCUGAACGCCUGUGACGAGGCCGUGCCAGCGGCUGUGGACUCCCUGAGCCACCCCGCCGUCAACCUGAAGCAGGCCAUGACGAGGCGUAGUCUGGCUGCUCUGAAAAACGUGGCGCAUCAGAAGCUACAGACCCUGGCCACUAACCUACUGGCUUCCGAGGCGUCCGACAAGGGGAAUUUACCUAAAUAUUCCCAUAACUCCCUGAUGGUUCAAGCUAUAAAGACAAACUUAACAGAUCCAGAUAUACAUGUGCUCUUCUUUGAUGUAGAAGCCCUGAUUAUUCAGCUGCUGACUGAGGAGGCCUCCAGACCCAACACUGCGCUCAUUUCUCCGGAGAAUUUACAGAAAGCCUCUGGCGGGUCCGACAAAGGAGGCUCCUUCUUGACUGGUAAACGAGCAGCCGUCCUCUUCCAGCAGGUCAAGGAAACAAUCAAAGAGAAUAUAAAAGAGCAUCUCCUUGAUGAUGAUGAUGAGGAUGAAGAAUCGAUAAGACAGAGAAGAGAAGAUGGUGACCCAGAAUAUCGCUCUAGCAAAUCUAAGCCAUUAACUUUAUUAGAAUAUAAUCUAACCAUGGAUACAGCAAAGCUUUUCAUGUCCUGUCUUCAUGCCUGGGGCCUGAAUUCUGUUCUGGAUGAGCUUUGCCUCGAUCGUCUCGGGAUGCUCAAGCCACACUGUUCGGUGUCCUUUGGCCUCCUGUCUAGAGGAGGCCACAUGUCUCUGAUGCUUCCUGGCUAUAACCAGCCUGUCGGCAAACCGUCCUACGGUAGCGUGGAGGUAGGAAGGAAAAUGUCUGUUACAGAAGGACUCGGGAAGGGGACGUACGGGGUGUCGCGUGCCGUCACCACGCAGCAUCUCCUGUCUGUCAUCUCGCUGGCCAACACACUGAUGAGUAUGACCAACGCAACCUUUAUCGGAGACCACAUGAAGAAAGGUCCGACCAGGCCACCUAGGCCAGGCACUCCUGAGAUGUCAAAAGUGAAGGCACCUCCUUCCAUUUCAAGUCAUGCAGCCCAAGGACAGAUCAAGCAAGUUGCUCCUGCUGUUUCUUCUAGCACUGAAGCUGGUCACUCUGGCUCUGACACUGCUCCUACUUUACAUACCUGUUUCUUAGUCAAUGAAGGGUGGAGCCAGCUCGCUGCCAUGCACUGCGUGAUGCUCCCCGACCUGCUGGGACUCGAUAAAUUCAGACCUCCUCUGCUGGAGAUGCUGGCUCGCAGGUGGCAGGAUCGAUGCUUGGAGGUAAGAGAAGCUGCGCAGGCCUUGCUGCUAGCAGAACUGAGAAGAAUCGAGCAGGCAGGUCGGAAAGAAACCAUUGACGCGUGGGCUCCUUACUUACCACAGUACAUUGACAGCGUUAUAUCGCCUGGAGUAACCACAGAAGCCGUUCAGACGGGUAGUGCAAGCCCAGAUGCAUUGGGAACAGAAGCAAAAGUUCAGGAAGAAGAGCAUGAUCUGGUUGAUGAUGACAUCACAGCAG